ACUCUGCAAGUGUCAUUUCAGACUUCAAUGUUUGCUUUUAUUACACUUAAAAGUAAAAAUUAACAAUUUUAUUACUCUCAAAACUAAGCUAAGAUUAUUCAUUGUAUUCAUUGAUUAAUUAUAUAUUUACUAGUGAUUAAAAUGAUUCAACCAGAUUAUCCUUCAGCCAUGGGAUUACUGACACAUUUAAAUUCAGAUGAACUGAAAGAAAUGCUAAAUGACGAUACAAAAUUUGAUGCAGUGCUGAAAGAUGUAAAACAGGUGAAAGAUUGGGACACAGAAAAGGAGAUGAUAAUUGCGAGCAAUAGGUCACUGGCUGAAUUUAAUUUGGGUAAAGAACCAGAACUUGAACGGCUAAAAACAGAGGUGCAGCAGAAGUCAGAGCAGGGGGAACAGCUUUGUACCCAUAUACAAGAGCUUCUUGAUAACUAUAAAACCAAAUCUGCUGGGAUAUCACCAGAUACAACCCUCGCUGUGUUACAAACAACAGCUGCAGAAACUGAGGAGGAAUCUGAGAAAAUGGCACAAGACUUUCUGUCUGGGAAAAUUGAAGUGGACAAAUUUCUUGAAGACUUUGAGCCCAUUCGUAAAAAAAUGCACCUGAGAAAGUUCAAAGCAGAAAAAAUGAGUGAGUUGUUGAGGACAGGCAACCAAACUUCUUAUGGUAAUGGUUUAUCAAAGCCAUACAUACCAUAUCCCAGUUACGGAACACCACAAGGAGCUCCAAGUGUACCAUAUCCGACAGGAGCUUUUAACAUGCCAAUGCCAGGAAUGUUUAGGAACCAUUUUUGAAGUUUGUAUUGUUUUUAAAGUGUAGAUUGACAUAUUUUCCAAUUCCUAUUUGGAACUUGCAUUUCAAGUCAUUUCAUAUUUAAUUACUAAGUACUUGCCAAAGUGCUGAUUGAAAUUUGAAAUCAAAGAAAUGCUCUAGCAAUUAUGCACUUCUAAUUUAAGAAUUUUACUGGUUUUGUAUAAUAUUUAUGAGAAAAUUGUCCACCAUAUUUAAUUCAUAGAAGGAUGCAAAAAUAAGUAAUAAUGUUAACUAUCUUUAAUCAGUAUACAGAAAAGGUAUGUACCUCUGUUAUUUUAUUAUGUUAAAAUAAUAAUAUAUAUGUACAUGUAUGUUAAUCUCGACUACCAUAUGGACAAAGUUUUUGGCACAGCUAGUUAAAUAUAAAAAAUUCAACUUUCAAGAGAGUUAGAAUUGUAAUAUCUUACUUUAAAAGUCACCUUUCCUGCUCUUUAACUGUCACACAAAACGAACAAAAUUUAUGAUUUAUAAAUUUUAUUAAAUAUUUUUACUUAAAUAAAAAACAAUGAAAAUUGUGUAAAAAUGGUAACCAAUAUUCAUAAAAUAUUAUCUAAAUUCACCUAUCCUCCAUUUAGACUUCUCUAAAUGGAGGAUAGGUGAAUAUACAUAAUAUACACAUUAUAGUAACAUUGUUUUUUAUUAGGGGAGAGGGAUGAUAAUGUUAUGGAUAUUGUACAGUUGAGCAAUAAUUUAUAUGAAUAUUUAAUUUGAUUCAGUUUGCUCAAUCAAGUUUGUGCCAUAUAAUCCUAUAAUGUAAUAUUUGUUUGAUUAUGGUUGAGUUUAGUUGGUUAUGUCGUCCCCUACGAACCUGGUAAAGCCCACUAGACAUUUCAUAGGUCUAAAUUAAAUAUUUGCCGCCCUAAUAUUAGCUGUAAUCCGCCCAUACAUUUUUACAAUUUUGACACUUUGAGCUAUUUACUUGACUGCUUUACCCUCUCCAUAAUGACCCGGCCAUUGAUUUGAUUAGAAAAAACUUUAAAAUUAGUGAUUAAAUUUAUUCCUUGAUCUAAAUAAAUACACAUAAAUCUCAAAGGUCUAUAUAGAUUGUCUGUAUUUACAUAACGCAGGGCAUCCUAGUUUGAAGAGCAUGGAAUUAGUGGAGUAGAUUAAAACAUUUUUUAGCGCUAAUUAAGACUUAUAAAGUAUAUGAUGUAAUUUUAUUUAUUAUGAAUGUACCUAUGUAAAUCUAAAAAUUAUAAGUAUAAAAUAUAGGCACACUGGUUAUUAUAUAAUGAAAUAGAGAUUACUUAUAUAAGUUAUCCAUUUGUUCAAAUUUAUAAACAAAUAUUGACUGCCUUAUGAUUUAUCUUACUAUUAUAAUAAAUUUGUAACUAAAUGAUGUCUGAACAUGGGAAAAAAUAUAAGGGGUAAUAAUAAGAUUAAUAGAUGCCAAAACAAUUUUCUUUUUUUAUUUGGUUUGUCUGUUUUUUCCAGCAUCAUGCAAAUACUAGUCCAUAAAAUUGGAUAUGGUUCACAGUUAUGUUCCUGAAAGUGUAACUUAAAAUCUGGUGUAUGUUUUACAUCUUUGAUACACCAUCUAGAAGUGGUCUAUUUCAUUGAUUUUCUUAUUUCCGAAUUACAUACGUAUGAGUAGCGAGCUGUAAGAUAAAAUUAAUGGGGUAUCUAUAUAAUUUCUAUGUCAAUUCUAAUUUGUAAGUAGGUGUAUUAUUUCUCAUACAAAUUGGUGUAGAUAAAUAUAAAAUAACCAUCCGCUUAGUAACUUGGUGCUUGUAGAAAUGAAUGUGAUUGAUAAACUACAUUUUGUAAAUAAUUAGGUACAUAUACAUAAUAAUAGUAAUUGUAAUGUCAGACUUAUUGUAAUAAUAGAAUUCAAGAAUAUUGAGAAUGAAAUUUCUAUAGUAAAUUAAUGCCAUUUGUUUAAAUUUGUUGUUUUUCACACACUACACUAUCGGAUUGUGAAAUUUGAACAUAUAAAUUUAUGUUCAGAUUUCUUACAGGUUUGCUUCUUUAUUAUAAGAACAGUAUGUUCUCAUCUUAGCACCAUACAUUAAUCACUAUACUUGACAUGUUCAAUAUAGUGAUUAUGCUUGUCAUAGGAAAUAACAAGCAGCUGGCGAAACUAAAUAUAGUUACUUAUGUACUUCCCUAUAUAUUAUACAAAUGUUCCGAUAAAGUGCUAAUAUGUAUCUAUAUAAUUUGAAAUGUAAUUAUAAAUUGUAAUAUAUAUGUAUGGAAAACUGUACAUUUUUCCACUACACGAAUGUGUUGCUUAUAUUAAGAAAAGAUAUAAAUAAAAAGUAUGUUCACAA